AUGAACAAGCUUUUAGAAAACAAUGAAAAUUUAACAUUGGAAGAAUUGAAAAUAGCAGAAGGAAAUAUUUCUGAAAAUGAAACAUUGGAUACUUAUUUGGCAGCUCAAGAUGAUAACAAGGAGGAUAAUGAGGAUGAUGAUAUAGAAACAUCUUUAUUAGAAGAAGAGAAUAAUGAUAUAAAUGUUAAUGAGGGACUUCCAGAACCUUAUGUUUUAAUUAUUCAAAAUACAAUGGAUUUAUCUCAUUAUGAUUUUCAAGACCUGGAUGAUAAUGAAAAUAGAUUUGAGUAUUUAUCUGAAGAAGAAAACAAUAUUAGCUAA